AUGCCUCUAUCUCUAGCAGACGAUGUAGCAUGCGGGAGCGAGGAGCACCUGCUGGGCCUCUUCGAGGCUGUCAGCGAUCGGUGGCAGCUCCCGGAGCUUGAAAUCUUGGAGGACGCCCAGUAUUGUGUCUAUGGCCCCGAGGAUCACUUCGAUUGGCACCAGGACCAGCCAGAUGUGGCGCCGCCACCUGCCCGGCGCCUCUCCCUAGUCGUGAUGCUCUCGGCACCUGGUGACUUUUCUGGAGGUGACCUGGAGCUCAACACAACUGGCAUUGUGCGACCGGGGCUUCUCGCGGGGGAUGCCAUCAUUUUCCCUUCGGAGACCGUGGAGCAUCGAGUUGCCCCCGUCGAAGCAGGAAUGCGACAGACUCUGGUCUGCUGGGCUUAUGAUGCGGCAUAG